AUGGGGCGCCAUUUGUCGGAGCUGGGGAUUCCUGCCUCAUUGAAAGCGGCCACGGCCAUAUCCCGGCGCGAUGAUGCAACAUUUUCUGUUACUUUGGAUCCAGCAUUUUCCAUCGGAGCAGUGCCCAAUGGUGGCUACAUCGCCUCCAUAUUCCUCGCCGUUGCCGAAGCGUACCUCGGGCCCCGUGGCCACCCUGACACCAUCGCUGCGCACUGGCAGUUCCUCUCCCGUGCCCGCAAUGGCAGCGCCGUUCUCAAAGUCAGCGAAGCCAAGAUGGGUCGUGCCAUGUCGGUAUUGCAUGUCACACUGCACCAGCCCGACGAAGCCUCAAAGUCGUCCCCAACACUCAAGGCAUCUGAUGGCGAUGGCGAUGGUGAUGGCGUCAUCGUCGUCGCUGCCUAUCUGACGAACCGCAGCAUGGCUGAUGAUGUCGCCGCCUCCUCCAUUUCUAUCUCUCUCCCGACCGGCUGGGUAGAACCUCACCGACCGCCGCCCGUCAUGGACUACGACGUGCUGCGACGACAGCAGCGGGAUGCCGACUGGGAACGCAUGUACGUCUGGUUGAUGGGUCGUCUGCCUUCGCUGCACAACGUCGAGUUCUACAGACGACGUGUCCGCCACGAUCAGUCAGGAAUGCUGGAUCUUUGGAUCCGUCUCGCUGUCGGAGAGGCCUUCACGGCGAUAUCCCUCGGGUACGUUGCCGACAUUGCCGUUGCGCUGCUUCCCGAGACCUACCGCCAGCCGAUGAGCACGCGUCCCGUACCGAACGGUAUGUUGGAGUGUAACAAGGCCUUCUGGUACCCUACCAUCACCAUGAACCUCGACGUAAAGAGGAAGCUGCCCACCAAAGGUGUCGAGUGGCUGCGGCUUCGCAUCACAUCCAAGACAAUCCAGAAUGGUCGCUUCGACGCCGAGGUGCUCAUAUUUGAUGGCGACGACCGCCUGGUGGCCACUAGCUACCAUGUCGCCAUGAUUGUCGGUGCCGAGAGAAACUACGCAGGGAGGAGGUCGGCGCCGGGGCUCAAGCCAAAGGUGUGA